AUGAAGGAUCAACGGCCCCUUGACCCGCAUGCUGCUGCGGCUGCGGCGGCCCGGCGCCUCAGCAGCGAUCGGCCACUGUUUGCUGUUUCCUUGAGCACUGCGGUGUCUCAACUGCUGAAGCUAACUCCAACACCUGAGUCUACUGCUUGUUGCUCGCCCUCUUCAAUUCCCGUAUCCUGUGCUUCGUCGCAAGCUGGAAGUGGGGCCCUUGGAGUAGAUGGCCUUCCGCCAGAAGACAGGACAUUCGGGCGGGCAACGGGGGACCCGCAGCACAAACAGAACACUCAUGUAGACGCAGGCCAGGAAGUCAACCACACUCUUCAGGCGCAGUGGCUAACCAGGCGGUUCAUUGCUCAGGUCCGAGCCCACUUUGAGGCCGUCCUAGCGGCAUCACCUCAGGAAGAGGGGGAGGCGGCUGAAGAUGGCGGCGAGGAGGCGUCGGCAUGCGAAGGAAAAGAGAAGGAAAUAAUCAUGUACCAAAGAUCUGUUUGUACUGCAGGGCUUCGCUGGGGACUUCUCCUGCUGCUCUCAGCCGAGUCAGCUCUGCUCACUGAGCCAGCACAUCAACAAACGCCCCAAAGCCCAGCAAAAGGACACCCAAACAAACAAAACGAAAGCUGCCUUUCUUCAGAGAAAACUCGGCUUGAGGGAGAGGCCCUAAACUGCAACGGGCAUGAUAGGUCAGAAUCUGUCGACGCAGUAUUAAGGGAGGCUCUCUUUGCCUUCGAGAUAAUCAUCCGAGUCUCCCCCACGACAGCCUCCCGAGUCCUCCCCAAGGUAUUGGAAUGGCUCGACUGGUGCCUCUCAGGCGCAAGGGGGCACCAUGCGUUGCUCUCGGGAGAGGGAGAGGCGGGUAACCAACGGCAGGAUGUUGCUCUGCAAAAUGCGGUGACGGAUGGCUGUGAGUGCCCACUGGAGCGACGUGUGCACCAUAUUAGGACAGGCUCUCUCUCAGUACUCUUCACGUGCCCCCUACCCAAUUGUCUCGUUCGAGGGCGUAUUUGCAGUCAGUCGGAGCAUCUUAACCGGGUCCGUUUGCUGGCACUUCUCUUGCGGGGCCCCAGGGUACUCCUUGGAUGUUCCAGGCUCCUCGUCGCCUGUGUAAUGGCGCCCAGUACAGCAAACGGGGGUUGUGGAGGCGACGGCAGCGGCAGCAUGCGAGGAACCGCGCCGGUGAACAAAUUAGAAGGGGAGAAUGCCAAAGCUGCGGCUGAGGUGGAGGCUUCUCUACAGCGCCGGCUUUGUGCGGAAACAGUUGACCAACUGCUUGUUGCUAUGAAGGAUUUGAGAUCCGUCCUCAUCCCCAGUGCUCAAAAUGGUGAACCACGCCAACCUUCACUGACACCUCACCAGAAGGAAGGAGGCAUUGAGGGCCUGAACGAGGCUGAGAAAAUGAUUCUUGCAGCUUGUUUGCCCCCUGUGCUUCGUUGGGCGGCGGCUCCAUCACGGCAUGCUCUAGCCGGAAGCCAGAAAGGACGCGGAGACGCCUUCCCAGCAUACAGAUCUGCGGCGCAGAACUUUUCCUGGGCUUUUGCCGGGACCCAAAUCUUGGCGGAUGAGGGUGCACCACGAAAGGCAGCGCUUUACAUACUCGCUACUAUUCAGGGCUUACUUCUGUCGUUUGCAGUGAAUGUACAAGGGUCGUCAAAAUGUCUAGACACCUUUGGGGUUGCUGCCGCUGCCACCGAUGGGUCGGUAGUUCGACAAGCUCAAGCUCUUCUGAAAGAAGUCGGUGAAUUCUUUAGUUUCCUGCCAAAUAUGUCUGUGGAGCCACAUCCCCUGGAACUACCGCCUGGCACAUUCAUUCAUGCGGUAGCGGGCCUGUGCUCCCGUGCACUUACGGCCAAAGAGCUCCCAAAAGCUUUCCAGAUAAAUGCGAACCGCGCCGACUCUCGCAUUUUACUAACAGCUACAGCAGCAGCCUCAGUUGCGAAAGUGCAGAUUGCGGAACGAGGUGGAGGAAUAGAUCCUCGCUGCCCACUAACUGGGCGAUUGCAACUGCCAGAAGGCCUUCCUGACGAGCAGCUGAUUGAACCUUUUCCUGUAAAGGCGAAGUCCGGACUUGCAGCAGUGAAUGGAUGUGGUGAACGAGCCUUCCUCUCGUACCUUAGUGAUGAGGGGGCAUUUCGAAUGGCUAUACACGUUUCCCGCAUCUUGAUCGCACUCGUGAAGUCCGUAUCUGCUCUGACGGGCGGUUUUCCAAUAUACACCGAAGUCGACGUCUGCUUUGAUGCUUACCUUGAGGCAUUUACGGCAUUCGUCUGUCGUACAUGCGCAGACGAAUAUGACCAAUCAUUCUUUGAUUGCCAAAACUUUAUUAUCGACAUGUGCCAUCCCGCCCUAAACUCGUCGGAGAGCCUUCGCUCAGCGUUUUUGAGACGAUCCAGGGCACUGCUGAUCUUCGCUGGAGACUCGGCAAACCUGCGCCUCUAUGACUGGAUGAGCUUCUGCCUUGAGGCGUUGGAAAGUAGUUCGCUAGAAACCAUAGGAGAGGGAUUGCAAAGUCUAAAGGUGUUGCUCUCCGUUGGCACCGACAUUGAAGAGUUUCUGCCGCAGAUUCUUUGCCGCUUGGCUACCAUAGCCUUAGUUGCAAAGGAAGAACCGGUGCACGCAUGCCCUGCGUCUUGCUCCGCACAGCUGGAAUGCCAAUAUUAUGGGAACUUCGCUUCCGUUGAAUCGAUUCCAACGAUGUCGACAGGAGGAGCAUUAGAUUUAACAGUGAUUGAAGAUACGUAG